UUGGCAGAGCCGUAACCCGUGCAAUAGACCAAACUCGAAAUUGCCAUUCAGUGAUUGCCGACUACAGCUGCAGUUAUAUACAAAUGAUAUAAUUAUAGAAGCAAUUAUCGGAGAGGGAAACGUAGAGAAACAUUGACGCACGUUGAGUUAUUUUUUAUUCGAUUAUUGGUACGGUACGCCGGAAGCUAAACUCUGGCACGUUCUGCACAUUUUUUCUCAACUGCCAGCCUAUACAUAUACGUGUUUUGCUGCCUUGCAUAGCACACUCGAGGAAAAUAAUGAACGUAGAUAUGAGAAGAAAUACCACUGUUUGCGAUUUAAAAAGAUUUGGAGAAACUUCACAAAGACUUUCAAAUAUGAUUACUUUAUUUGUAACACUCAUUUUACUAUCUUCUAUAUACAUUAUCGACGUCGAUGGUAGGUCUCUGACCAGCACACACGUAGAAGGAUCGAGGCAUAUAUCUCAUUCACGUGGAAGGCGAGGCUUAAGCUUUUGUGGAGCUCGCAUAGUCGAUGCCCUGAACUAUUAUUGUACAGUUGGGAUUUACGAACCACAAAAAUGUUUUGUCGCUAAUUUAUAUUUCUGCAAAAGAAGACGAAGAGAUCCACCACCAAUAUGUAGAAUCAACUGCGGAUAUAAGAGGAGAAGACGAACGACAGAUUCGGGGUCAGACAAUAACGCCGACUUUUCUGCUGCCUUGCCAUUUAUGCCAACAUUUGAACAACCUACCCGGACCACUCGAAACAUCGAUUCGAAAAGUAAGAGGCACAUUCACUCUCGCUGCUGUUACGGCGAAUGUUCACUGUCGGAGUUCAGGGACUACUGCGCAGCAAGAUGAUAGGGCCACAUUGCUUCGUAGCAGGAGGUGCGAUGUGUUUGGUCGUUGAAAUGAACGCGUUCGCCCUGAUGGUUUGAAAGAUAACAUACCUCGAGCAUUGUCGCGAAGAUGCCGAUUCGCCGCAUUGCCAGUCACAUCCAUCAAAGGUUGUUUUGAUGCCGGGUCACACCAAGGCCAAGUGACAGUUCUUGUGGUGCGAUCGAAUCGUCUCGUCAUCAACAAAGUAUUUUGUCGACGCCACGUGUGCAAUGUGCUUGAUAGUGUUUGUCAGGAAAUAGAAGAUUCCGAUACUUUGCUGCAUGAAAAUCAUGGAUUUUAGUAUUAUCGUUGUCAAUCUGUUGUGGCAUAUUUGUUUACUCGUUUCUUCUGUUCUUGUGUGUAUCUACAAUAUGCGAUUGGAUCUGGUAUCCUAUCAUCGUGUUCAAAGUUAUGUUAUGGCUAAAUUUGGUUUUGAUUUUUCCUCCGGACAUAAGUUAGAUCGUAAACACGAAAUUAAAAAAAAAUCAAAAAGCGUAAGUAAGUUGUAAUGAAAUAUGGAUUUCAUUUUAUUUUAUUUUUGUUACGUAACCACUGUCUUGUUGAAAAUAUUUCAUUGACAUCAUUGAAUUAUUUGAUUUUGUCAGGCAUUUUCAUUGAAAUAAAAAAUGGCACAAAUCUGA